CGUGUAAAUUGAAAUAAUGUUUUACAUAGCAAGUUUCUUGCGCAAAAUCAUUGUUAGCUAACCAGAAACCGCCACAUUAUUGUGAUUCUUCCUAUCUAGAUGAACCAUUACAGCCAAACAAUUUGUCGAAACAACAAUAAACUCGAGCAAUCCUUAUAGUUCAAGUUAUAAUCGAGCCUUGAUAGCUUUGCGAUUGUAUAAACCAUGUCAACAAUGGAAGAAUUUUUAAUUCCGUAUAAACAAAAGUUAAGCCGUAAUCGAUUCGCCGUUGAAUGUCUGGAAAAGCUUAUGCAAAUGAUGCCCUUGCAAGAUUUUGUAUUUAGUCCGUAUAGUAUAUAUGAGGGACUUAUGAUGGUUUACUUUGCAUCCAAUGGUGACACAGAAAAACGUUUAAAAACCAUCUUACAUUUGCCUGAUAACUUUGCCAAAGCUAAUUGGUUAUCAUACUACUCAAAGGAGAUAAGAAAAAAUAACAGGGAGAAAUUCAACAAAUAUUAUGACCAAAAGAUUUGUUGGAUUCACAAAAAUAAAAAUUUAAAAGAUGUCACAUCAACUUUAUUUAAUCCACAGAAGUGUUUAAAGUUAGAUCCUUCCACUUCUAAUUUUAAGCAAGAAAUUAACACAGUAUUGAAAAAUGAAAUGCAAGAUUGUUUACUUUCAUGCAUAAAUUUUAAAAACAUUACUGAAAAUAUGGAAUUUAUUUUGUCGUCCGUACUUUGUUUCAAAGGCCAAAUUCAACAGGCUAACAAUCUUUUUGAGCUAGAAAAUAAUUCAUUGAGAGCACCUAAAAUCAGUCUAUCUUCCAAACUAAAAGUGUUCGUGACAGAGUUACCAUUCGGUGUUAAGCAGUCGCUUUAUAUGUUAUUUCCGGCUGAGCAGCUAAAUUCUCAUACUUGGAAAACUAAUGAGAACUUAAUUGAAGUGAUUAAAAAAUUGUCGUCCGACGAUACAAUGACAGAUUUUUAUACGAUGCUGGACGACAACACGUCGUUGGAACAGUUGUCAAGAGAGACUUUUAUACACCCAAUAAAUAUAUUCGAAGUGCAGGAGGAACUGCCGGUCAGUCAACUGUUGUUCAAUUUGAACAUUCUUCAAUUAUUGGAGCCCAACGUAGCCGAGCUAAAUAAUUUUACUCAGGAAAAUCUGCUGCUUGGUAGUUGCAUGCAUCGUGCAUACAUCAAGGUGACAGAAGACAACGUCAUCGCCAGAGCGAUAAAUAUGUUUCUGACCAAAGACGAACUUACACUAUUUAAAACGUAUUGUAAGGAUACAAGCUACACCAAACAGAAUCGUUCAUUCGUUUGGCUGAUUUAUGAUAAAUUUAACCGCACCAUUCUUUUCACUGGCGUGAUCAAUAAGAGUCCCGAGCAGGAACCAGUCAGCCUUUUAUUGCGUACUCGUUCUGCUUCAGUUUCAUUUUAAAAUAGAAUUAAAAUAAAAUAAUAUACGAGAUAAGAUAUUUUGUAAACUUCAAUUUUGAAAUCAACAUAAGCAAUAAUAAUUAUAUAAAAGCUUAAUUCUUAAUAUA